AUGGCACAGUCAGAUGACACCGUGAUUGCCUGGAGCUGUCAUCAGGUGGCCCAGUGGCUGCAGGAGGAGGGUUUCGGGCAGUAUGUGGAGUUGCUGUGCACACAACACCGCCUGGACGGCCUCAGCCUGCUGGCUCUGACUGAGGCGGACCUGCGGGGUCCUCCCCUGGCUCUCACUGUUCUCGGAGACAUCAAAAGGCUGUCCAUAGCCAUCCACCGGCUCCAAAGAAGAAAUCGAACCCAGCUUGAGGAGCUGGGCCUCCAAACUGGAGAUGCUGUUGACACUGGCCAUGCACUGGGUCCUGCCGGGGUGGAGUGGGGCUGUGACGGCGCUGACAGGAGGGGGUGUGGUGGGGGGGACCGCCUGUGUAAUGGGAAUGGACUGCGGCUGAGGAGCAGGGAAAGAUCGGGAUGUGCACCUGGAGCAGCGGCCUGUCACACGCACUCCAACGGGAGGUGUCGGCAGCAGCUGGCCGGCAGAUUGGACCCGGAGGUGUGGAAGACGGUCCUCAGCUCAAUUUAUGUGUUUUUGGUAUUUGGGUUCACCUCUGUUGUCAUGGUCUUCGUACAUGAGCGUGUGCCAGACAUGAGGACGUACCCACCGCUUCCUGAUAUAUUCCUGGACAGUGUACCAAGAAUUCCAUGGGCCUUUGCAAUGGCUGAGGCCUGUGGGCUGAUCUUGUGUUACAUGUUUUCGUUGAUCCUGCUCCUUCACAAACACAGGUCGAUUCUUCUCAGGCGCUUGUGUUCUUUGAUGGGGACAGUGUUUCUGCUGCGCUGCUGCACCAUGUUUGUCACCUCGCUGUCAGUGCCGGGGCAUCACCUGAAAUGUGCCAGCAAGACCUAUGGUGAUACCUGGGGAAAGAUACAGAGAGCUCUGGCUAUCUGGAGUGGCUUUGGGAUGACUCUCACAGGGGUCCAAACCUGUGGAGACUACAUGUUCAGCGGGCAUACUGUUGUCAUCACAAUGCUCAACUUUUUUGUGACUGAAUACACACCACGAAACUGGAAUAUGAUUCACACCAUCUCCUGGGUGUUAAACCUCUUUGGUAUUUUUUUCAUCCUCGCGGCCCAUGAGCACUACUCCAUCGACGUGUUCAUUGCUUUCUACAUCACCACUCGGCUCUUCUUGUACUACCACACCUUGGCCAACACCCGGGCCUACCAGCACAGCCGCAGGGCUCGCAUUUGGUUUCCCAUGUUCUCCUUUUUUGAGUGCAAUGUGAAUGGACCUGUACCCAACCAGUACAACUGGCCCUUCAACAAACCUGCCUUCAUGAAAACUCUGAUUGGAUGA